UCCUCGCAGCUAACCCGCCAAAACACAAUGGCGAAAUCAUCAUCGCCACUCACUAUGAACCUCCACCACCGCUCGCCGGAGUACAGUGCCCUCCUCCUUGCCGGUCCGCGCCUCGGCCCUCUAAAGCAAGCCCAUGCGCGCCUCAUCGUCGCCGGUCACGCGCUCUCCCUGCCCCUCACCACCAAGCUAGCCACCCUCGCGGUCGCGGCCGGCGCCGCCUCCUACGCCCACCUCCUCGCCGCCUCCCACCCCUCGCCGGACUCCUUCCUGUUCUGCACCCUCACGCGUGCCGCUGCGCACCGCGGUCUCCCCGCCGCCGCUCUCACCUUCUACCGCAGCCUCCUCACCGCUGCCCUCCCCUUCUCCAGCUUCGCCUUCACCGCCGUUGCCAAGGCGUGCGCCGAUCUGUCUGCGCUCCGCGUCGGCAUGGUGAUCCACGCUCACGCUGUACUCCUCGGGUUUGGCUCCGAUCGAUUCGUGCAGACGGCGCUUGUUGCGCUGUACUCGAAGUGUGGCCAACUGGCUGUUGCCCGCAAGCUGUUCGAUGCAAUUCGUGACAAAAGCGUGGUCGCUUGGAACGCCAUGAUUUCUGGGUAUGAGCAGAACGGGCUUGCUGAGCGGGCAAUUGAGGUGUAUAAGGAAAUGCAGAUGGCUGGGGAGGCGCCUGAUUCUGCAACAUUCGUGGCCACGCUCUCUGCUUGCGCACAAGCUGGUGCUCUGGACUUGGGACGUGAAGUGGAGAGACGCAUUGUUUCUGAAAGGAUGGACAUGAGUGUGUUUCUUGGUGCUGCCCUUGUGAACAUGUAUGUCAGGUGUGGGCUUGUGAACAAGGCGCGCAAGUGGUUUGACAUGCUCCAGGAACGGAAUGUGGUUACAUGGACUUCCAUGAUCGCAGGAUAUGGCAUGCACGGACAUGGCCAUGAGGCGAUAGAACUAUUCCAGUUGAUGAGGCGCGAAGGACCACCACCCAACGAUGUCACUUUUGUUGCAGUCUUAUCUGCUUGUGCGCAUGCUGGAUUGGUUAGUGAGGCUCGUGAUGCUUUUGCUACAAUGAAGAGUGCCUAUGGAUUGGUCCCUCGUGCUGAGCACUAUUGUUCUAUGGUUGACAUGUAUGGAAGGGCAGGACUUCUUGAUGAUGCCAUGCAAUUUAUUCAGGACUCUAUACCUGGAGAGCCAGGACCUGAAGUUUGGACGGCUAUGCUUGGUGCAUGUAAGAUGCACAAGAAUUUCAAUCUUGGAGUGGAGGUGGCUGAGCGAUUGAUUGCCCUUGAGCCUGAGAAUCCAUCUCAUUGUGUGCUGCUUUCUAAUAUAUAUGCUUUAUCUGGUAAAAUGAACCAUGUUGAGAAGGUGAGGAAUACCAUGAUCAAGAGAAGAUUGAAGAAGCAAAUAGGAUACAGCUUGAUUGAGAUUGGGGGUGUUGCCCAUUUGUUUCGCAUGGGUGAGAAGUCUCAUCCGCAAACUCGAGAUAUUUACCAAUACUUGGAGGAACUAAUCCAUAGGAUUACUGAUGCUGGUUAUGUGCCUGAAACUGACUCGGUGCUGCAUGAGUUGGAAGAAGAGGAAAGGGAGUUUGCAUUAAGAUAUCAUGGUGAAAAACUGGCUGUAGCCUUUGGACUCAUGAUGAGCUCUGGGAGCGCCUCUCCAAUCAGGAUAAUAAAAAACCUGCGGAUAUGUGGGGAUUGCCAUCUAGCUAUCAAAUAUAUGUCAGCUGUGGAGAAUCGGGAGAUUAUUGUCAGAGAUAAGCACCGGUUUCACCAUUUCAAAGAUGGAAAAUGUUCUUGUCAGGAAUAUUGGUGACAGGGCCUACUUCUGUUGUAAGCUAAAAUCUGCAGGUAAUUGCAAUGUCGCAGCUUUGUAACUGAAGCAUCAAGGUCUUAGGUUGCAGAACGAGCUCUGAUUUUCUUGGGAUGGAACAAGCUCUGAUUUUUCUUGGGAUGCUUCUAUUUAAGACUGUAGAAUCAAAGAAGCUGGUUGACCCUGAGCUGUUGCCAAUCAAUGCAGCAUGCGAGCAUGCUACAUUCCUACUUUCUGAAUAUCAGUAUGUAAUGCUUCAGGCUGCCGUGGUGCUCCAACGCCGGGUGGCUCUUAUUUGCGCUUUGAUUCAUGUGCAGAGGAAGUUGCGAGCUUCACCGCUGAUGCGAGAGAGCGUGGUCGCAGAAUGGUCUGAUAUGCUCGCUGUUCUGUGGCGGGUGGAGGUGGAAACGACGCAGAACAUAAAUUUCGAGUAAUGCAUUAGCCUCACACAGUCGCACGGCAGCUCUACGCUCCUGCUGUUCGCCUCGGUGUCGGUCGCGGCCUUCGCUCGCUUAGCUUGAUUUGUGACUGUAACGCAUUUUUCCCCCCAACGUGUACUCCCUCCAUCCUAAAAAAGAAUGCAACUCUCGCUUCCAAAGAAGUCAACUAAUUUUAAAUUUGAUCAAAUUUAUACAAACUAGUACCAACAUUUAUGGUAAAAAAUAUAUUAAUUAUUAAUUAUGUAAUAUAUGUUUGCACUUAAUUUA